AUGUCUCCAGUUGCUUCUGAUUUUGUCCCAUUCAAACUACACGCCUCAUCGUCAGUCGAUGAAUAUUUGAAAGCAAACGAGGAAUGGCGCAAGCAAAUGCAAAAUGAACACCCUACUUUGUUCACACUCAACGGCCAGGGCCAGGACCCACACACAUUAUUCAUCGGAUGCUCUGACUCCCGCUACAACGAAAAUAUCAUUGGCGUUUUGCCAGGCGAAGUGUUCACUUUCAAAAACAUCGCCAACAAGGUCAACCCAGAAGACAUGACCUGUUUGGCCACUCUGGAGUUUGCUAUCAACGUCUUGAAGGUGAACAAAGUCGUCAUCUGCGGCCAUACAGACUGUGGUGGUAUCAAGACGUGCUUAAAGGACCAAAGAAAAGACCUACCGGCCAUCGAGUGCUCCCAUUUGCACCACUACCUCCAGGACCUCGACGACUUGUGUCACGAAAACAAGGCUCUUUUGAACUCCCCAGAGUACCAGAACAGCCUAGAGAAACAAUCUCGUCUGCUCUCUAUACUGAACGUCAAGAAGCAGUUCAAGAAUUUGCUAAGCAUCGACACUGUGCAAAAAGCUCUUGCAAACAACUCUAUACAGACCUACGGCAUGUUGUACAACGUCGACUCGGGUAAAGUAGAACUAGUUGAUGUAUGA